CAAAGCGUCCGCUACGCUGCUGACGUGUACGUUGGGAAAUAGCUGUCGAGCUGUCUGUAUACUGUAGCCACUAGCUCCCAGCACUUCCUCUUCAUCACAAGCCUUUGUCAUUGAUAGACCACUAUGGAAUCAUCUGAUUUGGUACUUACUUAGCUAUCCGCUUAAAUAAGAACGGAAGACAAACCAGGGCAAUUUCACAGCCACAGGGAGCCACUGAAGAGGGGCCAAAGAGCUGCAUGUGGCUGUGGAGCUGCAGGUUGGCUUCUCCUGCAUUAGGGUAGUUUUAUGAGGAGGUGUGAGUGACUUGCACAACAACAAUGGGGAAGAGGAGGGUGCCCGAUCUGUACAGAGCCCCGUUUCCCUUAUACUCCAUUAAAGUGGACCCUAAAACAGGGCUUGUGAUCACAGCAGGAGGAGGGGGGGCUUCCAAGACAGGCAUAAAGAAUGCUGUGCACUUCCUGGAUCUACAGCUGGUUGGAGAACACCAGUAUAGUGCCACUCUCCUUCACACUCAUGAUACUGACACACGAGCAACCAUGAACAUGGCUGUGGGUAAUGGUGUGAUUGCUGCAGGACAGGACGGGACCUGCAGUCUGAUGAGGUUUAAGCACUGCACACAGAAAGAGGAAGGCAAAGCUUCUGCUACAGAUGGAGGGAACAGUGUGCAGCAUGGUAAUGCCAGGCGACGAGCUGGGAAAGGAGACAAAAGUGGACGGGACGAAGCUGCAGCAUCUGGAGAUUCGUCAGAUAUGAAGGACAAGACGGCUCAUAUCUCUGUGACUGCUUUGGCUGAAGUACAGUCAGACCUGAACCCCCAGGACCCACUCCAGAAGGUGGUCAGGUUCAGUUCUGACCUGAGUCUUCUGCUGACAGGAGGCACAGACGGACACAUACGAGUCUGGGAGUUUCCAUCCCUGAAGAAGAGGUUUGACUUCAAAGCCCAUGAAGGGGAGAUUGAGGACUUGGAUAUAAGUCCAGAAAACAAGCACCUGGUGACUAUUGGCCGGGACUUUUCUUGCAGUGUAUGGAGCGGCAACCAGUUGGCUAUGUGUCUAAAAUGGCUUGAAACCAUGCCUCAGAUAUCUGAGAAGACUUACCGAUAUAUGUCUUGCAGGUUUGGAAAAGUAGAAGACCAAAAAGACGCCCUGAGACUUUACACAGUCCAGAUUCCCCAUAAACGAGACAGAAAACCACCUCCUUGCUAUCUUACCAAGUGGGACGGCAAGAGCUUCCUGCCCAUGCUUACGACUUCCUGUGGCACAGAGGUCAUCUCCAGUAUGGCUGUGAGUGACACUGGAACAUUUCUUGGCCUUGGAACUGUGACAGGAUCAGUGGCUAUCUACAUUGCUUUCUCUCUGCAGAAGCUGUAUUAUGUACAGGAGUCCCAUGGCAUUGUUGUGACAGACCUGGCCUUCCUGCCCAACUCUCUGAAAGGCAAAAGUAUCAAAGGGAAUAAUGAAACAGCCAUGUUAAGUGUAGCUGUGGACAGCCGCGUUCAAGCACAUGCUGUCCCCAACCGAAGAUCCUUCCCUAUCUGGCUUGUGCUGUUCUUCUGUAGCCUCAUGGUGGUGGGAGUUGUCCUUCUCUUACAGUACCUCUUCCCAGGCUUUAUCUAAAUCAUGCAAGUGUUCGCACAAGUCUUUAAAUGACUUACAUUGGCACUGUUAACAUCAGCAGUCCUCAGUCCAACAUCCAAACCUCCCAGUGCUGCAUCACAACUCCCAGCUGAGCCUCUGAAGGCUCUUCCAGCUGCGGCGCUGACUCUGAACAGCUUUUCUGGUGCCCUGACAUCGUCCUCCUCAGCUCUUACUCAGGGUUGUUCCUCUUAGAUCUGUAAACCAGUGGAAUUACAGACUGUGGGAUUUUAUUUACUUUGAUCUAAUGUUUUUUGGAUUCAAGUGAAGGGCUCAGGAUCGUAAUAUUUAAGGGGUGGGAUCUUUUAAUUGACAUGUAAGAAACAAUGUAAAAAUAUAUAAAUAAGUGACACAUAAUGUGUCUGCUUUUGUUUUUUUUGUUUAUUACACCGACACUUUGAGUUAGCUGUUAGCCUCUUUGAAUAACUGAUUUUUAUGUGAUUUUCUUCAUUUUAUCCGCUAGUGGAAAGCAGAGACCAGAUAGUUUACAGUCCCUAUUGAUAAAAUGUUAAACAUGUUAAAACAUUAUUCUCUCAGAACAUGGGAUUUUUGAAUUCAAACACAGAGGAACGUCUUGACUUGCAAAGGGUUUAUGGUAAACAUUUCAGCACAAAGGUGCAAUAUCUUCUACAAAUGGAGAAUCAUUUGAUAUUACAAGAAAACAGAUGUGAGGAAAUGAGUGAAGUCGUUAUGAACAUGUGAGAAGCAGGGAGUUUGCGUAAAAUUAAUGGAAAUUUUAUUGUGGCAAAAGAUGGAUAUUCCUUUAUUUUAUGAAGACAUUUUAUUUAAACAUUCUGAAUGCAAAUGUUGCCCAGCAGAUGUACAAAAUUGUGAUUU